CCAAGGAGUACCCAAAUUUUCAAAAUUGGGCCUAAUCUCAACUUGGACCAGUGGACUGUCUCUUCAAAGUCAGCAUUUCAUCCCUCCACUCAUUCCCACUUUUUCUCAGCUCCCAAGCCACCCGUACAAAUAGAAAAAGUUCCUCAGAAAAUAUGACUAACACCAGCUCCAUUCUUUCCCCAAAUCCGUUAAUUCGGUUGAAAAUCCAAAUCCCACCCAAAUUUCGCGCCAGAAAGUUCCCCACAAAUUUCUUACCAGUCUCCGCUCGUCUCGACGAUUCCAAAAGCACCUCCACGGACCCCCAACUCAACCUCUCCGUGCUCCGCUUCACACUCGGAAUACCUGGGCUGGACGAAUCCUACUUACCAAGAUGGAUUGGAUAUGGGUUCGGUUCGCUUUUGAUUUUGAACCAUUUUGUUGGUUCCACUGCAACCCCAGCACAGCUUAGGACGGAGGCUUUGGGUCUGUCUUUGGCUGCAUUCUCUGUCGCACUUCCCUAUCUUGGAAAAUUUCUCAAGGGUGCUACUCCGAUGGAUCAGACGACCAUCCCACAAGGGUGUGAGCAAAUAUUUGUUAUAUCACAAAAUGUCUCAGAUACUCAGAAGGAGGACUUGGCUUGGGCUACAUACAUAUUGUUGCGCAAUACAAACACCAUAGCAGUGAUGGUAUCCGUACAAAAUGAAUUGUGCGUACGCGGCUAUUGGAACAUACCAGAUGAGGUUUCAAAAGCCAACGUACUUGGAUGGCUUGAGAAACAGAUUGAAAGUAUUGGCAUUUCUGAUUUGAAGGAGACCCUGUACCUAUCUCAGAUUGAAGAUUCUGGACUUUGGGAGAUGCUACCGCAGGGAACUCGUUCUCUCCUUGUACAACCGAUUCUCCAAGUUGAGCAUUCAAUUGACAAUGUGAUCCAGAGAGUUGAGGGAUUUGUCUUGUUGGCUUCCACCAUGAGGUAUGCAUAUAGUGAUAAGGACAGAGCCUGGAUUGGUGCUCUUACAAACAAGUUCAGAGGUAAGCAAUAAAGAUAGAGCCUUGAUAGGAGCAUUCCCGUAAAGAAAAAAAAACCCCGGAACAUAUGUGCAGCCUUGUAUAGCAUGUGAAUUACACUGCAGCAAUUAUUAUUUUAAAUGCAGCUUUUUGGUUCCGUUGA